CCUAUCCCUCCUCCGUCUCCAGGGGGACCUCCGCUGCAGGCCUAGCGCGGGGGCCGCUUUCGCUCGGUCGUUGUUCUUCCUUGUCCAUGAUGGCAGCACUUAGUGUAAACAAAAUCGGGUCUGGCUCUGGGAUGGACGCCGGGAACAGGCACAGCCGAAGUUCGGCGGGGCCUGCUGUGAAGGUUUUGGAAUGUGGAGUCUGUGAAGAUGUAUUUUCAUUGCAAGGAGACAAAGUUCCCAGACUUCUUUUAUGUGGCCAUACUGUCUGUCAUGACUGUCUUACUCGUCUUCCUCUCCAUGGCAGAGCAGUUCGGUGUCCUUUUGAUCGACAAGUUACUGAGUUGGGUGAUUCUGGUGUAUGGGGAUUGAAAAAAAACUUUGCUUUGUUGGAACUCCUGGAGCGAUUGCAGAAUGGAUUGGGUGGUCCAUGUGGAACAAUUGAAGAAACCAUUGGCCUAUCUGGAGAGUGCAUCAUCCGAUGUGAUGAAGAUGACACACAUCUUGCUUCUGUAUACUGCACUGUUUGCGCUACUCACCUGUGUACAAACUGUUCCCAUGUUACACAUUCUACAAAGACACUAGCAAAGCACAGACGUGUGCCCCUUGCUGAUAAGCCGCAUGAAAAGACGAUGUGCUCUCAGCACCAAGUGCAUGCCAUUGAAUUUGUAUGCUUGGAAGAAGGUUGUCAAGCCAGUCCUCUUAUGUGUUGUGUUUGCAAAGAAUAUGGAAAACACCAGGGUCAUAAACACAGUAUUUUGGAACCAGAAGCAAAUCAGAUCCGUGCUUCCAUUUUGGACAUGGCUCACUGCAUAAGAACUUUCACAGAAGAAAUUUCAGAUUAUUCUCGGAAACUAGAUGGAAUAGUUCAACAAAUAGAAGGAGGAGAACAGAUCUUUGAAGAUGGUAUAGGAAUGACCCACACAGAACAUGUCCCAGGUACUGCAGAGAAUGCUCGGUCAUGUGUCAGAGCCUAUUUUUCUGAUCUUCAUGAGACUCUCUGCCGCCAAGAAGAAAUGGCACUUAGUGUGGUGGAUGCACACGUGCGAGAAAAAUUGAUCUGGCUUAGGCAACAGCAGGAAGAUAUGACUAUCCUGUUAUCACAGGUUUCAACAGCUUGCCUUCACUGUGAAAAGACUUUACAGCAGGAUGACUGUAGAGUUGUUUUGGCCAAACAAGAAAUUACGAGGCUUUUAGAAACACUGCAGAAACAGCAGCAACAAUUUACAGAACUUGCAGACCACAUUCAACUUGAUGCUAGCAUUCCAGUUACUUUUACAAAGGACAACAGAGUACACAUUGGACCAAAAAUGGAGAUUAGAGUGGUGACCCUUGGAUUAGAUGGAGCAGGCAAAACUACUAUUUUAUUUAAACUAAAACAAGAUGAGUUCAUGCAACCUAUUCCAACAAUAGGUUUUAAUGUUGAGACAGUAGAAUAUAAAAACCUGAAAUUCACUAUUUGGGAUGUAGGUGGCAAACACAAACUGAGGCCUUUAUGGAAACAUUAUUACCUCAAUACACAAGCUGUGGUCUUUGUCAUUGAUAGCAGCCACAGAGACAGAGUCAGUGAGGCACACAGUGAACUUGCCAAACUAUUAACAGAGAAGGAGCUGCGUGAUGCUUUGUUACUGAUCUUUGCCAACAAGCAGGAUGUGCCAGGGGCACUUUCAGUAGAAGAAAUCACAGAAUUACUGAAUCUCCACAAACUUUGCUGCGGUCGUAGCUGGUACAUUCAAGGUUGCGAUGCCCGAAGUGGCAUGGGACUUUAUGAAGGACUGGAUUGGCUUUCAAGGCAUCUGGUAGCUGCAGGUGUGCUGGAUGUGGCUUAAGAGAGCCAGUAAGCAUAAAGAUCAGUUAUUUAUGUGACUUGAGAUGGUCAGAUAUGAACUUCAUCUAAGCCUGUUACUCCUUAAAAUACUUUUGUUAGAAUGCUAGACAGAAGCACAGUGUAGGUAUAAUUUGUGUAAAUUACAGUAACCAAAUAGAGUGAUAUAAUGUACUUGUGGAAAAGGUGCCUUAAUUUCUUUUAAAGAAAUUUGAACUGAGGAUCUUCAGCUUCCCUAUUAAACAAUCCUUCUCUCAGGA